AUGCAGAUGAUAAAUUUAAAAAGCGAUGAAAUGCUGGACGAAUGGGAGUGGCCAGCAGAUUGCAAGGCCCAGCAAGAGAUCGAGAGACAUCUGCGGUGUCAGAUCUGCGGUGAUUUUUUCCAUGGUCCCGUACUACUUCCUUGCUCACAUACAUUCUGUUCGACGUGCGUACGUCGUUUUUUACAGAGUAAAGGGGCAAAUGCCUUCUGUCCGCAGUGCAAACAGCCUUGCACCUCUCGAGAUUUGGUUCCCAAUCGGGCGCUAGAGCAGGUGGCAUUGUUGUUUGAAAAGUCAAAGCCAGAUUUACUCAAGAGAUUGCAAGGCACUGGAGAUCUACGUUCGUCCACGUCUACGCCCAAUAGGGAGAGCGGAAAGGUGACAAAGAUCAAGCAGGACAAACCAGAACGUAUGCCACUCUUGUCCUAUAGUGUUAUGAGAGACAAAGAAGUGAGGAAACUACUAGACUCUAUCAAUGUCCGAGUACCUACAAAAAACCGAGAGGAGAUUAUCCAGAUUCACAAAGAGUUCGUUCUGCUGUCAAACGCGCAAGCAGAUUCAAUUAAUCCAAAAACCACAGCUCAAUUGCGAGAAGAAGUGGUGCGGAAUCAUUAUGCAAGAAUGCAGCAGAAGGCCAAGACAGACGCGUUGAAACGCAGUCAAAGUGGAAACGAAAAUUUAGGAAGCCCGGCAUCGGGGGUGUCAAUGCAAAUGCGUGCUAAUUUUGACAAACUCCGACAGGAUAUUGCCGAUAGAAAAGCAGGUAAACGACCUCCAACGCCGUUGACAGAUACUUCGUCCACUGACACUCCACAAAAGGAAGAAAAUGGAGCAUCGGUUGGUGUAUGGCGUCACUUUUGCGCUCUAGACACAAGCCUUAAGCAGGAAUUCUACGUGAACUCCGUGACACAUGAAAUUCGUGUUAUACUACCUUCCCCAUUCGUGCAAGAGCAGUCACCAGCGAACCGCUACGAUGACCUGAACAGUGUUGCGCGUGCUGUGGCUGAGAGAGAACCAGCAGGCUGUGACGACGUGGCAAAAGCAGUAACUCCUCUGAAGUCAAAGGCAAAGGCCAAGCGGGCUAUUGCUGCAGCGUUCGCUUCACCAGACGCAACGUCUGACUUUCAAAGCGCUACAGAAGAAACUGUCAUCGUAGAAAAUGAUGGUGAAGACGGAGAGGAGAAACAGGAGCAAACAGGUGAACAGGAAAAGCGGGACAGUCUAGGUAAACAUGCUCGAAGCACUACUGAUGGCGCCAGCUUGGCAACAGAUGACUCAAUUGAAGUAACUGAAGACACGACUGAGGCUGCUAGCGAGUGGCAGUGCUCACGAUGUACAUUAAUCAACACAGCGACGUGUCAACAAUGCGAGGCAUGCGGCUUUGAACCGGCAUCGAUCCCAACCAAGAGGCGCGUACGCAAGAAGAUGCAUUUCCAAAGCAAAAUAGCUUUGUCAUAG